GCCGGGAGAUCGGGGGCGCGCGGGGUGGCGGCGGAGCCCGCGCUCGUGCCCGCGCCCGCGCCGGUGCGCAGCCGCUCCGGCCGCGCCCCUAUCCCGCCGCUUCAGCUCCCCGCCGGGCAGAUGCGGGUCGCGGGGCUGAGGGGAGCGAGGUAACCUUCGCCCGCCGCCGCCGCCGCCCGGCCCUGCUCCCCCCGGGACCGCGGCCCCAGCCCCUCCCGGGCGUGUUCCGGCCUGGUUGUCCGCGGGGCGCGGCCAGAGCGGGCCAUGGCCGACCGCGGGUGUCCGCUGGAGGCGGUGCCGCUGCCCGCCGAGGUGCGGGAGAGCCUGGCCGAGCUGGAGCUGGAGCUGUCGGAAGGUGACAUCACUCAAAAAGGAUAUGAAAAGAAACGGGCAAAGCUGCUUGCACGCUAUAUCCCACUUAUUCAAGGAGUAGAUCCAUCCCUACAGGCGGAGAACAGGGUCCCCGGCCCCUCACAGACCACAGCCGCAGGGCCCAAACAGCAGAAGCCGAGGCCCACCAGCUCCCGGGACGAGCGCUUCCGGUCAGAUGUUCACAGUGAGGCGGUGCAGGCGGCUUUGGCCAGAUACAAGGAGAGGAAGAUGCCUAUGCCUUCAAAGAGACGUUCUGUUCUUGUGCACUCGUCGGUGGAAACCUACACGCCUCCAGACACGUCAUCUGCCUCAGAAGAUGAGGGCUCUUUACGGCGACCCGGGCGACUCACCUCCACUGCGCUCCAGAGCCAUUCCAACACCGAGCCCUGGCUCGAGCUCGGCCGGGCCACUCAGGGCUCGUCCACCUCAUCCUCUGCGUCCUCCGUCUCAUCUCACCCGGGAGGGAGACCCGCCGCCGCGCUCACCGGCCCGGCGGCCCACGCCCACAUAGAUGUGCGCUCCGCCCCUCCUGAUGUCACCACGGGCCUCGUGGAGCUUUCACACUGUGGACGUCCGCAGCUGGCUGCCGUGCGAGGUGUCACUCGGGGCGACAGCGGGAGCGUCCUGGAAACGGCCGGUGGUGUUCCUGUGAACAGCAGAGUGUCCUCCAAGAUCCAGCAGCUUCUCAACACCCUGAAACGGCCGAAGCGCCCUCCGCUGAAGGAAUUCUUUGUGGAUGAUUUUGAGGAACUGUUGGAAGUGCAGCAACCAGACCCAAAUCAGCCAAAGCCUGAGGGAAGCCAGAUGGUGGUGCUGAAAGGGGAACCUCUGGCUGUGGGGGUUCCCUGGCCCCCGUCCCUGCUGGCCGCCUUGCAACGGUGGGGUACGACGCAGCCCAAAGCCCCCUGUCUGACCGCCUUGGACACGGCUGGGAAGGCCAUCUACACCCUCACCUAUGGCAAACUUUGGAGUCGGAGUUUAAAACUAGCUUAUACUCUACUUAAUAAACUGACUAGUAAGAAUGAACCACUACUUAAACCUGGAGACAGAGUGGCCCUGGUGUUUCCGAACAGUGACCCUGUGAUGUUCAUGGUGGCAUUUUACGGGUGUCUCCUGGCAGACCUGGUUCCUGUCCCCAUAGAGGUGCCGUUAACAAGAAAGGACGCUGGCAGCCAGCAGGUCGGCUUUCUGCUGGGCAGCUGUGGCGUCGCCCUGGCCCUGACCACGGACGCUUGUCAGAAAGGCCUGCCCAAGGCACAGACUGGAGAGGUGGCGACUUUCAAAGGCUGGCCCCCGCUGUCCUGGCUGGUGAUCGAUGGGAAGCAUCUGACCAAGCCCCCCAGAGACUGGCACCCGCAGGCCCAGGAUGCAGGGACUGGGACCGCCUACAUCGAGUAUAAAACCAGCAAAGAAGGCAGCACAGUUGGGGUCACGGUGUCCCACGCAUCCCUGCUGGCCCAGUGCCGGGCUCUGACCCAGGCUUGCGGCUACUCAGAAGCUGAGACAUUAACGAAUGUGCUGGAUUUCAAAAGGGAUGCUGGUCUGUGGCAUGGAGUGUUAACAAGCGUCAUGAACAGGAUGCACGUCGUCAGCAUCCCGUACGCGCUGAUGAAGGCGAACCCUCUGUCCUGGAUCCAGAAAGUGUGUUCGUACAAAGCCCGGGCCGCGCUGGUGAAGUCCCGCGACAUGCACUGGUCUCUCCUAGCUCAGCGAGGUCAGAGGGACGUCAGCCUCAGCUCACUGCGCAUGCUGAUUGUGGCCGACGGCGCUAACCCCUGGUCCAUUUCCUCCUGCGAUGCGUUCCUCAACGUCUUCCAGUCCAGAGGGCUGAGGCCUGAGGUCAUCUGUCCUUGCGCCAGUUCUCCCGAGGCGCUGACGGUCGCCAUCCGCAGGCCACCAGACCUGGGAGGACCUCCACCGAGAAAAGCUGUCCUGUCGAUGAACGGACUCAGUUUUGGUGUGAUCAGAGUAGAUACUGAAGAAAAGUUGUCCGUUCUUACCGUUCAGGAUGUUGGCCAGGUGCUGCCGGGAGCUGACGUCUGUGUUGUGAAGGUAGACGGUACCCCUUAUCUCUGUAAAACGGAUGAGGUUGGAGAGAUCUGCAUCAGCUCCAGCACCACUGGCACGGCCUACUAUGGACUACUUGGGAUCACGAAGAGUGUGUUUGAGACUGUCCCGGUCACGGCAGGAGGCGUGCCCGUGUCUGACAGGCCUUUCACCAGGACGGGGCUGCUGGGCUUCAUCGGGCCUGAUAACCUGGUCUUUGUCGUGGGCAAGCUGGAUGGGCUGAUGGUGGUUGGAGUUCGAAGACACAAUGCGGACGACCUCGUGGCCACCGCGCUGGCCGUGGAGCCCAUGAAGUUUGUCUACAGAGGCAGGAUCGCGGUGUUCUCCGUGACGGUGCUGCACGAUGACCGGAUCGUGCUUGUGGCCGAGCAGCGGCCCGACGCCUCCGAGGAGGACAGCUUCCAGUGGAUGAGCCGCGUGCUGCAGGCCGUCGACAGCAUCCACCAGGUGGGCGUGUACUGUCUGGCGCUGGUUCCUGCCAACACCUUGCCCAAGGCUCCUCUCGGAGGGAUUCACAUUUCUGAAACCAAGCAGCGUUUUCUGGAGGGGACGCUGCACCCAUGUAACGUACUGAUGUGCCCUCACACCUGUGUCACCAACCUUCCCAAACCUCGCCAGAAACAACCAGAGGUGGGGCCGGCCUCCAUGAUCGUGGGGAACCUGGUUGCCGGGAAGAGGAUUGCACAGGCCUCCGGGAGGGAGCUGGCGCACCUGGAGGACAGCGACCAGGCCAGAAAGUUCCUGUUCCUGCCCGACGUGCUGCAGUGGCGAGCACACACCACUCCCGACCACCCGCUCUUCCUGCUGCUCAACGCCAAGGGCACCGUCACCAGCACUGCAACCUGUGUCCAGCUGCACAAAAGGGCAGAGAGGGUGGCUGCCGCCCUGAUGGAGAAGGCAAGAUUGAGCAUCGGGGACCACGUGGCUUUGGUCUACCCCCCAGGUAAGCACACGGAGGCCUCCCUCGGCUCUGUGCUCACGGGGACACUCUGUUCUUACAAAGCAGACACCCGGGUAACCUCCAGCCAGGUCAGAAAAUAGACCUUGGCCAGGUGCCCCAGGCGUCCCUUUCCAUUCCCCGUCCCCAGCACAUCCUCCUCCGCUCUCCCGGCGGCAGCCUCUGCCCCGACCCUGUAGUCAUGUCUUCCUCUGCCCCGGGUUUGAGCGCCCAGUGGAGCACUCCUGCCCCUCAGGUUAGUCUGCCAGUUUGCUUUAAAUCUGAUAUGUUUUUAGAGUCUCUUUUAAUCCACAGGCUCCCCCUCUCCUCCUCUUUGUAAUUGAUCGACUGAAGACCUGGUUUGACUCUGCAGAAGCCCCACGGUCCAGAUGCUACCCAGCCCCAUGCCCAGGUGCAAGCCAGCAUGUGCUUGGCUCCCGUAUUUCCUGCAGCUUGGCAGCUAGGUCCUGGCCCGGGGUCAGACUCGGGUUCGGUGUCUUUGCCGACUCCACAAGGUGUUGAAUUAUUCCAUCGGGGACCCAUGUUGGCUUGUGUCUCCUUUGGUGGGUUAACAGCCAACGAUUGAUGCUUCAGUGUUCAUUCGUUCAUUCUUUAGGGGUCACAAAACAGUGAUACUCUCAUUUUGUCAUUUCUAGUUUUCACUUAUUGGCCAUAAAACUAACACACAGAAACGUC